UUUUAAAGGUGUAUGAAAACUUUCGUGAUUGGCUGUAUAUGUCAGACAGAAGAAAAUCUAUGGCAAAUGUUCGAACACGACAGAAGAAUAUCGACGCAAAACAAAAAUGACAGUACUAAGCAACCAAUUUAACAACAGUCCUAUAUUUCUUGAUGCUUUUCAUCAUUUCAUUGACGAAAUCAAAACUUUUCACUUUGUACUAUCUUUGGGACAAUAGUAGACUUACCUUUCUAAUCUCACAGGAUCACGUGCAUUAAGCUUAUGGUAGGGCGCUGGUGAAAGCUAAUUAUUUCAAUUUCAUAGUGUCCAUGAAAUUGAGAAGAAAAAUCAUUCAACCGUGGAUUGUUUAAGUGAAGGAAGUCAAACGGCCAUCUCAAGGAGUUGCAAAGUUCGCCAGAAAAAGUCUAAAACGGGUUCUAUUACGAAGUCCAAGGUAAAAAAUAUGGCUACUUUUUCAACGGAGUUCCCUAAGGACAUGUCAAGAGCCUCUGGACAGUCUGAAAGUCAUUCCAUACAAACACAAAGUUCUGCACCUUUAAUGCUAAGGGAGAAUACUAGUGCUACUCCUAUGCGACCCAGAUCUCUUUAUACGGCCCACAGUUAUCAUGCUAAUCAGAAUGACGAGAGUAAUUUUCAACGGUACAACGAAUAUUCCAAAUUUUUUGAAACUCCACCUUCUGAACAAUGGAGUGCCAUAUCCGGCACAGGUUUUUCUACAACUACUGGUAGUAUUUGGCGUCAACCCAGAAAUCCUAAACACAGCGCUACAUCUUAUUACACUGGUGAAGAGUCUUGUGUCUAUACGGAGAACUGGAGAGAACACGAUACAGAUGCUGGUGUUGGCGGUGCUGUUGCUACUCCUCACGGCACGAUAUCAUUGCGGCUUCACAACAGAAUACGUGUGGAUAUGACUAUAGAUAGAGCUGUUCGUGUAAUCAAUUUCAAGAAUAAUAUUGUUCUAUCACUGAGUGGAUCUGGGGCUGCUGCAGCAUUACUUCAUCCCAAUGGAAGAAUAUAUCAAUAUGGUUCCAGGGUCGAAAUACUUGCCCAUGAUGUUCACGGAAAUAAUAAGUAUGCAAAAAUGUGGUAUAAAGGAGUUAGUUUCACUUCAGAGCAAUGUGCUCUGGUUUAUCUUGUGGAUGCUGCUGGAACGAGAACAACGACAGAUAUGUUUUCUGACAUGAGUCAAGACUUUUCGCUGAGCGUAUUUUUCUCUGAUUCUCGACACGGUCCAGCUUGCUUUCAGGAAGCAGCCACAGCGUUAGGUGCUGCUCAGUACUGGUUAACUGAUGAAGGCGUUGAAAAUUGGAUUAUUAAUAAUGUUCGCGUUUCUCAAACUCCGGAUGGUCUCGUUAGGAUCGCUCGAAAUAGUAAUAAAUAUCAACUCAGAACAUCUCCAAGUAACGGAACGGCUUCUUUGACAACACCUUUCCUCCACUGUACCGCCUCCUUAGGCCAGACCUCGCACCUUUUCGUUCGUCGUGGCGAAAGACGUAUGCAUUACGACGGCACCAGUUUCAUCGUUCGAAAUGCUGGGCAUAGUGCAGGCUUCGAUGACAAUAAUCAACUAAAGGUGUAUUAAAAUGUGUUAGCCAUUAGUAACCAAUGGUACAAUAUUCCUAAACGCUGAGAGCGAGAAGUGAUCAAAUAGGGACUAAUUUUUUCUUCCUAAUUUAUAUAUUCAUUUGAAUUCAUUACGUAUCAACUUUGCA